AUGGAGCAGUGCUCUGCCAACGGCCUCAUCUACGGCAUCCCUCCCUUUGACGCAACUCCCACCACCUCUGUGCUCAUCAUCAGCCCAUCAACAACAGCAGUGACAGCAGUGACAGCAGCAGCAACAACAGCAGUGGUUGACACGACCACCAUCAACACACGAACACAGCAGACACAAGCACGCUUGGUGGGCUGCUACACGGCGGAUGCAAGUGGAUCAGCGGCGUGGCUGUGGACAAUGGCCUUUUCCUGCCACGGCAUUCCAUGCAACUCGCCAUCCAUCCUCAUCGUUGAUCCAGCCGCAAGUGCGGUGGACACAACCAUACUAUCCGUUCCAGAAGUGCUAUGGUGUGAAUUCCACGACCGUGACGGCCUCGGUGUGUCCAUGUCACUCUUCUCCAUGGUGACAUUCAUUCAUUCACAUCGGAGCAGUGACGCGUUCCGCCCACACAAACAGGAACAUCCUCCACUACCGAGUCUGCUCGCUCUUGAUGCCAUGCGCAACCACCUCCCAAAGCUGCACAACGGCAGGGGCAUUGUGUUAGUGUGCGCGUGCCGGUGGUUUGGCGAAGAGCGAAUGGGUCGUGAAGGGAAG